GUAAUUUGCAGACCCACAACUGUUCGUUUAGGCCGAUGCUAGAUUUACAGCGAUAUUAGACACCACCUCGGCUGAACCAGCAAUAACAGAUCUUGUUUACUAGGGAGAGGCUUAAUUUUAAGCGGCAUAUCAGCCAGAAAGUCUUCAGUCCAUCUAUAUGUAUUUGUCGUUUGCCGUUUUGUGGACGGGAUCGAGGUCAGGCUUCCAUCCUCGGGUUGAAAACGAAAAGACUAUGAUGCAUCCCUUAUGGCAAGCUGCCUUCCUAGGCUUCACCUUCCUGACAUCUGUUGCCAAUGCCGUUACUCUCACCGGCUAUGAAUACGUCGUCGUUGGUUCCGGGGCCGGUGGCGGUCCACUAGCCGCGCGACUGGCCCUGGCCGGGCACAAAACGCUUCUCAUUGAAGCCGGCGACGACCAGGGGAACAACCCAAACUACACUGUGCCUGCGUACUCUGCAAAAUCAUCAGAAGAUGAGAAACUUGCUUGGAACUUUUUCGUGCGACACUAUGCAGAUGAUGCUCGACAAGCGCGCGACUACAAGACUUCGUAUGAGACGCCAGAUGGACAGAUAUACACCGGGUUGGAUCCCCCUCUUGGUUCAAAGAUGCUUGGAACACUGUAUCCUCGUACUGGAACACUAGGUGGAUGUACUGCCCACAAUGCACUUGUGGCGAUCUACCCGCAUCGCUCGGACUUCCAAUUCAUUGCUUCACUGACUGGUGACGAUUCUUGGUCCCCCGAUAAUAUGCGAAAGUACUUCGUCAGGAUGGAAAAUAACAAGUACCUGCUGCCUCUUGCCAAGGGUCAUGGCUACAGUGGGUGGUUGGACACAGAUCGCGCACCGCUUACGAUUCCUCUUGAGGAUCCCAAGUUGCUCAGUAUGAUUACUGGAGGUAGUUUUGCGCUAGGAAAUUACACCAAGUUGCUGCCAAAUUUACUUAAUGUCCUCCUUGGUGAUGCCAACGAAGACUCAGAAAGUCGGGAUAAGGACGGUGGGUAUUUCCAGAUUCCGCUUUCUGCUGGUAAUGGACAGAGAUACGGUUCGCGAGAGUUUGUGGUUGCCGUUCGGGAUGCCAAGAACUGGGACGGUAGUAAGAAGUAUCCUCUUGAUGUGAGGAUGAACUGCCAUGUAACCAAAGUCGUCUUUGAUGAAUUGGGUGAUGAACCUCGCGCUACGGGCGUUGAGUUCCUUGACGGAGCGUACCUUUACAAAGCCAGUCCACGAUCAAAGUCUUCUACUAAAGGCACCCCUGGUUCAGUUACUGCCUCCAAGGAAGUUAUUGUCGCGGGUGGGACGUAUAACUCUCCCCAAAUUCUGAAGCUCAGCGGUGUGGGCCCAGCGGACGAACUCAAGAAGUUCGGUAUCAAGGUUGUCAAGGAUCUGCCUGGCGUAGGAACCAAUCUCCAAGACCACUAUGAAGUUGCUGUCCAGGGCCGUGUCCCAUCUAACUGGACGUUCCUUGAGGGCUGUACAUUUUCUGACACCGAUCCGUGCCUCGACCGCUGGCAGCAUCCUAUCCUUGGCGAUCGAGGAACCUACGUUUCAAAUGGUUUCGCAGCAGCCAUGUUGAUGAGAUCUUCAGAGGCAAGUGAAUACGAUGCCUUCCUCUUCGGCGGACCCGUCAACUUUCGCGGCUAUUUCCCCGGAUACAGUUAUAACAUUACUUCUGAACACGACCUCUUCACCUGGGCCAUACUUAAGGGUCAUCCACGCAAUAACGCUGGGCAUGUCAAGCUGCUAUCCGCUGACCCUCUAGAUACUCCUGAAAUUGUCUACAACUACUUCGAUACCGGAAGCGGCAACUAUGCAGCUGAUUUAAUGGCCAUCCGUGAAGCUAUUGGCGUUGCGCGUGACGCUUUCAAAAGACAGCUUGUCCAGGUGGAUGAGAUUCUGCCAGGAGCAAAUAUUCAGUCUACUGCCGAUGUUGAGAUGUAUGCCAAGGAUACUGCAUGGGGCCAUCAUGCUUCUUCAACGUGUCCUAUUGGGGCAGACGGUGACCCCAUGGCAGUUUUAGAUUCAAGCUUCCGUGUGCGAGGUGUCAAGGGGCUGAGAGUAGUAGAUGCGUCUGUUUACCCGAGAAUUCCAGGGACAUUUACUGCAGUAUCGACUUACAUGGUUGGCGAAAAGGCAGCAGAUGUUAUUUUAAGCCAGAACAAAUAACAGUAGUAUAUUCUAGCUUAAGCCUACCCGGUAUCCAAGCAGGUUGAUUUCGUUGAAUGUUCUUAAACUUUCUACUAUAAUACAGUGCUUUCUACUGUAUUGCCCCAGUUACUGCAGUUAUCUGCUGAAAUACAGUGC